GCAAGCAUGCACCACAUGCCCGCACAUACUGUGAUACACCUUUCCUGCCCUUCCUCUCUCUGUGUGUGUGUGUGUCUUUCCAGGGGAGACCAGUGUGUCCAUGCACUCUGCCCAGGUCCCUGUGCUCUCCAGCAGGGACUGCAGUGGACCGGGAGUGUACCAGGGUGCCAUCUCUCCUUGGAUGGUCUGUGCAGGCUACCUAGAGGGGGGCAAAGACUCUUGCCAGGGGGAUAGCGGAGGCCCUCUGGCCUGUGAGGAGUCAUCAGUGUGGAAGCUGGCAGGGGCCACUAGCUGGGGCUAUGGCUGUGCUGGGAGGAACAAUCCUGCCAUGUACACUCUCAUCUCACACACUCUGACCUGGAUCCACCAGCAGAUGGAGAAAGAAGAGGCACUGAGUCCUUGAUCCCCAAAGGAUACAGUGGCUCACAUAUUUAGAGGACAUUACUCAGAGACACUAAUUAUUUGUUCUUAAGCACCACAAUGAAUGGACACCAUCUGAGGCUGAGCUCUAUUUUAAAGUCAGAGAAACAAGAUGGAGGGGAAUGGUGGACAAUAAAUGGAGGACUGGGGAGAUGAACUAGGGCCAGGAUUCAAUACGGACUGCGGGGGAACCGCGUUGUAGCAAAGUUGACAGUAAAAGGUCAAUUCCGAUUGAGCCGGCAUCUGCAGCGUUUACUUUGAAUGCGAUCUCCACGAUCGUGGUAACGUCGCCUGUAAGUGGGGCAUAGCCAAAAAGGGUGAUCAGAUUGAAUCCUGGCCUAAGCUUGGUCUCAUAUUAGAAGGUCGGCAUCUCCACCGUGAGCCCCUUCCCAUCCCUACACACAAACCGUGUAUGUAGACAAUAGUUGUAACAUAGGUGAAUAGUUGUAACAUGUACUGUGUAUAGUACACUGUUAUAUACCGUUAUAUAGCAGAUGUGUUUGUAGAGAAAUAUGGUACAGAGAACACAAGUAAAAACCUGUAUAAUUUUAAAAAUGCCAUAAAGAUAUGUAUUUAUUUUUACAAAAAAAUAAGCUUUUUUUCUCCAAUGAUUCAUUUUUGAUGUUGCACUCAUAAGGGUGUGAAUUUCUUAUCAAUACAUCCUAGUUCACCCUGUCGAUAUCCUCCCCU